AUGAUCUUCUCCAUUCAUAUUUUGGCUCUGCUAUUUCUAACCCUAUAUAAUAUUUCUGCAGCUACAAUUGAAGACGAUUUUUCUCCUAAAGUUCCUGCGAAAACAACAGAUCAAACUGAGGAAGUGAAUCUAGAGUAUUUCAUAAAAGGAACUUUUACUGAAGUAAGCUUCUCCGGACGGAGUACGAUAUAUUUGGCAUCCCUUGUUAGAGAUGAAAGAUCGCUUGAUCAAAAUCACAGAUACGCACUAAAAUCUAUCAAAAUGACGAAAUCUCAGAAAGAAAAGCUAAUGUGUGUAAUAACGGAAGAUUUUCUUAUUAAAGAGAUUCCGGUAAAUUACAAACCACCUUUUAUUGAAAGGGAAUUUUCGAUUCAAAGCAAAGUUGAACAUAAAAACGUUGUUCCUGUUUACCAUAUGGAUGGGAAUAUGAUAUUUAUGGAAUAUGUAAAGGGUUGCGCUUUAUUUGCUAUCCCUCAAUCUUGGAAUGGAAAUUUAAAGAUAUUUGCGUAUAUUUUCAAAGAAAUUGCAGAAGGUAUUAAAUUUAUGCAUGAAAAAGGCAUUGUGCAUGGGGACUUGAAGCCUGAUAAUAUUUUGGUAUCAAAAAAAGGGGAUGUUAAAAUCUGCGAUUUUGGUGGCGCUGUGGAGAUCAGCAGAGUUAAUGCAAAAGGGCGAGAAGGAACAAAAGGGCCAGAAGGAACAACUUUAGAGGAAACUCCCUAUUCAACUGGGGAGUAUAAGUUUACUUUUAUGCAAAAAUAUGUUGCGCCAGAGUUUAUCGACCCAGAAUCUGUGGUUCCAAAAAGCGUGAAGGACGUACUUAUCAGCAAAAUAGGGGUCACACAAGAAUGGAUUGCAUUAACCGAGGGAAAGUUGAAACUUUGCAUUAAAGGUAACGUCUUUCCCACCAAAGAAUCAGAUGUCUUCUUGUUUGGAGCUACUUUUGUUAGCAUGCUUAGAACUAGAGAUGCAGCCAGACUCGACCAAAAAUUUGAUCGCAACUUGGCUAAAAUCAUUGACCAGGCUCUUGAUCCAUCUCCUCAGGAAAGACCUACUAUUGAAAAAGUGCUCGAAUGUCUCGAAAAGGUACCUUGUUGCACCAAAGAUGAAUUCAAGAUUUUUGCUGCAGGCGCUAAAGAGUUUAAAGUUGCUCCUUAUAGAAAAAAAAGGCCUCAAAACCAUCGAGGAAGUCAACAAAUUCCAGAAAAAAUGCGACUAAUCAGUAAGGCAUAG